AUGGUUCAAUUCAAUUUUCAAGCGCCAUGGGUGCCAAUACUCAACAACUGUGUUAGUAACGAACUAGCAGCAACUGACAAUAACCCACCAUUCACUACUUUCCAAUUGGCAACUAUAGACUCCAAGACAGGAUAUCCACAAAAUAGGACAUUAAUAUACCGAGGUUGGCUAUUUAAUAAUAAAUCAUCCAAUGUAAUUACAUUCACCACCGACAAGAGAAUGGAAAAGUAUCAAGAGUUGUUGGACAACGAUAAAGUAGAGGCAGUGUUCUGGUUUAGUCAUAUUCGAAAACAAAUUAGAUUCAGGGGGAAUGUACGGUUGCUUGACUCUGAGCAUCAACCUAGUAUCGAUUUGAAUCAUAUAAAUAGCGGUGAAGUGGUUCCUAUUGAGCCCAAUUCUAACGGUGAUGGUCCUGCUGCUGCUGCUGCUGCUGCUGCUUCCACCCUAUCUCGUGUUCAAAAGCAACCACUUCAAACGUCAUUGUUAUCUCCAUCAUUUGUUGAAAAAGAUAGUACACAGGAUGACCUAACGGCGGGUCAGUAUACGCCGCCAACAGCAGAAGAGUGGCAACAAGAGUUAGAUAGACAGUGGAAUGGGUUAUCUAAAGGAUUAAAGACAACAUUCAGGAAACCCGAGCCAAAGUCAUUGUUGACUGAAGAAAAGGCCAAGUUGAUUAGUAAGAUACAACGAGGUGUUGAUGGGAAAAAGGAAGAAGAUGGAUACAAGAAUUUUGCAAUAGGGACCUUAUUUGUAAACUAUGUUGAUUAUUAUGAGCAGGAUAAAGACAAGAGAUUUGUUUAUGAGUUGGACAAUGAAAGUCAUACUUGGACCGAGGAAGAAGUCUGUCCCUGA